AUGGCUGAAAAUCAUAAUGAAGAGGAUGAACACAAUAGACGAAAUGAAGAAGAGGAGCCCGUAUUUGAUGAAGAUAGUAUGGAUAUAUCUGACCAAAUAGGGAGGGCAUUAGAAAAGUAUACUCCCAUCUUGCUGAAGAGGUUGAACCAGACUUUGGAAGGAGCAGUGAAUGACCACAUUGCUCAAAUGAUCAGAGAAGAAGUUGUGGUCAAUGUGCAACGAGAAUUUGAAAGACGGGAUGCCAAAGAGAAAGAUAAGAAGAACGAGGAGGAAAGGGAUGUGGAAGUUACGGAAGAAAGAACUUACAAGAAAAAGUUCACAUUUCGGGAUUUUGAGGUAUGCCACCCACCGGAGUAUCACGGUGAUCGUGAUCCUAUAGUUUGUACUCGGUGGAUCUCGGAAAUUGAAGGGGCAUUCCGUACUAGUCAAUGCCCCUCACAUUUGAAGGUUGUUUUCGUGGUGGGAAUGUUGAGAAAUAGUGGCAAGAGGUGGUGGGAUGGUUUGUUGACAGUGAAGAAGGGGGCCUUGGAUAAUAUAGAAUGGCUCGAGUUCAAGACUUUGUUCUUCAAGGAAUUCCGGUCUGAAGCCGAAGUUACUAAGUUGAGGAGUGAAUUCCUCAACGAUUGUCAAGGUAGCAUGAGCUUAAAUGAAUUCCGGGCUCAAUUCUUGGACAAGGCACAAUUUUGUCCGGAAUUUCUAGGGAAUGAUCAAUUGCUUAAGGAGCAAUUUUAUUUGAAAUUGAAGAAGAGCUUGCGGGAGAAAAUUAGCUUAUGUCAAAUGGAGUCUUUCUCCAUGUUGGCGGAUGUGGCCAGGGACCAUGAAAUUGAAAUGUCUAGGGGGGAUGAAGGUGACUUGAAAAGGAAACAUGAAGAUGUAAACUCCCCAAACAAGAAGUUUAGACAAGAGGGUGGUUCCGGGACAUAUGAAAAGUUCUUGCCCCAAUUGACUGAAGAAGAAAGACUUGAAGAGAGGAGGAGGGAGGCGGAGAGAAGGAAUGCCCAAGCUCAUGGAAAUCAACGAGGGAGAUCGUUCCAACUAAUGGUGGAACAAGCUAGGAAUGCGGAUGAUGUCGUUACAAGUACAUUUCUUGUAUAUGAUGUGCCUAUGCGAAUUCUCUUUGAUUCAGGGGCGAAUAGGUCGUUUGUUGCAACUAGAGUAAUUCAUGUUAUUCCCGUAUCUAAGUCGUGUCUAGAAAAUACUUUGCAAGUUGAGGUUGGGAAUGGUAGGAUGGAAUUAGUGAGGGAUGUGUAUAAAGGAUGUGAAAUUAAGAUCUCUUCAGAACUCUUCCAAGCUAAUCUAAUUCCUUUUCCAAUGGGGAGAGUUUGA